AUUCGAUCGUCCUGUGGAAUCCAAAUCGCAAUGCUUUUGUUCACUUUCCAUAAAUGCAAAUCUAUCAUUAUCUGUAAAUGGUAGCAAUCGUCUUUUACUCAUGCUCAUGCAUGAUUUACUUCCGAUGAAUGUGAACAUUGUCAUACUCAUGAGAUAACACAAAGCAGGAAGUCAACUCAUUCCAAAGUUUUUCCCUACCCUUCCUACAAUCGAUUUUGAUUAUCACAUCACUUCUGCGUAAUUGCGACGUGCUCCAACAUCAACCGUAUACCCGAAUCCGCCAUCUCAGUCUCACCUCCUCACAAAUCACCGCAGGUUCGACGUUUUAGAUGAUAAGACUUCUGGGUGUCUCUUCAAAGCAAGGUCGCUCGCGCGGCCUCCUCUUGGGGGGGCUGAGCUCGUAGUGUCGAACUGAUAAGAAUUUCGCAGAACAACAUUGUCAUGUGCUAUCUCACCUGGGACCAAAAUCUCGAUUAAGUUUGUAUUUUUUGUGAGAUCAAUUUUUCUUGGUUGUUUUUGUGACCAUUACAUCAUUUCAUUUGUCGUUUCUUUAUCUUUUUGUUUUUGUUUUCAAAAAGUACAGUAAGAAGAUUAAGAACUACAGAUAAGAUGGCGUUCAACAGCAGCGCGAAAUAUCUGAAGGGUGCGUUCAUCGGUUGGACGAACGGUGAAUUGCACAUCCCUUUCGACUUCGACGAGAACCGCGUCCGCGAGAAGGAUGAGGAUCGGAAGCAGCUGCUGCGGCGGCACAAGAUGUGGGCCAAGGCGCCCGUCCUGAUGCGCAUGAUUCUUCCUUUUGCCUUCGGUUGCGAAGCCUGCGGGAAGCAGCAGAACUUGGGUAAGAAGCAGACCAUGACCAUGGAAUGCAUCCGGAACGACAUCACCAGAGGCAUGCAGAACUACCGGUUCUUCGGAAAGUGCCAGGACUGCUACUCGCCGUUCGUGUUCCGUACGGAUCCGGACUCGGCCGCCGGUUACCGGUUGGAGAUGGGUGGUGUGCGUCGUUACGAGGAGGCCGACGAGCGCGCGAUGUUGGAGCGCGAGCUCUGCGAACGGGAAGAGGAGGAGAAAAACACUAUCGAGAAGCGUCUGAUGACCGCGAAGGAGGAACUGAAUCGCAUGCACAACCUGGAACAACUGAUGCACGAACAGAAACAGCGCAAAGACGAAUUCUCUCUGGUGAUGUUAAGGCUCGUUUACAUUUAUACUUUUUCAUUUUGAACAACUACGUACUGUUGUUCGCUUCUUGGAACUAAAUAAUACAUUUACAUACGUACAAUUUUGGCAGGCACCAUUCAUUGUUAUCGGAUGCGAUUCAGUAGAAAAAACUCCGACCAAAACAUUUUUACUAGUACCUUGAUAUUACUCAAAUAUUACUUGUUCGUAUCAUGUAACUUCCAUCUAAUUCUCCUCGCCUUGGACAAGCUGUACGAAAAGACUGAGACUACCGCGGGUGAGGUUCCGGUUGCGGGGUCCGGAAAGUCACUCGCAGGUGUGGGUGUUGCCGGUGGAUCCAGGGUCGGCGCGGACGGGCUUAUGAUCGUCGGUGCGAGCGCGUCUACUGCGUCAGCUCGCAGCAACAUCGACGAAAUGAAUGAGGAGGCUGCGGAACUCGCAGAUUUCGAAGAGUAUUUGGAUGCUGAGUACGAGCAUGUGCGUGAGGAGUUCGACAACGAGGCUCGUAUGGAGCGAGAAAAGAGAUUAGACGAGGAGCUGGAAAACACAGAGCGCGUCACUAUCUUAUGACCAUUUUAAUAUUGAAAUUGAGGAAGAGCAUGGUGAAUUUCUCCUAGUCCUGUUUGAGCAGGGGCAUAAGUGCAUGGUAAGUAGGUCGCCUCUUUUCCGUCUUUUCUUUCAUUAUAUAUCAUAUAACUUACAUAUAAUGACAGAUGAUAUUUUGAUAGAACGAGUACAUCCAUGGGAAGUACAAUUUUGUUUUAGUUGAAAAUUGAUUGUAAGGCCUCUCUGCCACUGGCUAGGGCUCUAAUCUGUAGCGGUGCUACCCUUGUCGAGAAAGUGCAAGCAGAGGCUGCUGAAAAGGGUGCUGAAUCCGUACCUAGCGUCCGUAACAAGGGCGUGGAUGCGGAGCUUCCCCUUGCGGCGGAAGUGAACGACGAGGCCAAGAAGCCGAAAAUUGCCACUGGCGGUGGCGAAGCGAUCAACCGCUUCAAGAACAUGUUCAAUGCGAAGGUUACCGGUGGCUCGCGACCGGCAACUGCUCCGCGACCCCCGUCCUCGGUAUUAGGCAAUGCUAUGUCCUCGAAAAGUCUCGCAGCACCUCCACUAUCUUCCUCUAGUACAACGCUUUCGCGCGCAACAACGGGAGGGUGCGUUGCGCAACAGAACGCUCUACGAGGACAGGGACCACCGGCGAAAAAGGCCAAGGUUGCUCCCACCAUCGACUACUCUUCGUCAUCUGAAAGCAAUGAUGACCUCUAGAAGUUGAGCAAUCAAUUUUGGGAGGAACAGACGUUUCUACCCAUAAAGAAGUGUAGAAAUUCUUACUGGUCGACGUGUGCUUGUGUAAGAGGGAUGUGAAAUGCGAUUUUCACGAUGUUCCUCGAAGAAAAGAGGACGGCUCAGGCUACUUAUACUGAAAUCGAAUAACAUUGUAGAAAUACGGGAAGAAAACUCUAUGAACCGAAGAUGCCGAAUCCCACAGCUUUGCCCGCAUUUCAAUUUCAUGAUUCAUCUGCCACGAACGUUCAAAUUAAUACCUGCCCUCACAGCUCAGAAGUGGCAGACGUGUCAUUUGAAGAACCUCAUAAAGUGCCCUCGUCCCACCUAUUUUUAUGAAGCAAAAUAACAACCAACCACAUCCUUAAAAUCACGAAAAAUAUGAUGAAGUCUGUUAGAUUGACGAUGUACAUCAAGCUUUUCAUUGUCCCCUUGAGAAUGCGCAGGGAGCAAAAAGAAUCGAUAACCAUGAUCAUAAAGCCGUCGAUCCACGCAUGAUCUUCAGACCAUUGUUGUGCACAAGCUUUUUGUGAUCGGUGAUUUUCUUGUCUAUUUUCUUUUGAGUCAUGCAAUUUUAAAUGGGAAUGAACUUUUGUUGGUCG